AUGUCUUGCUCAUCUCGCGUGUCCUCCUCCAGGGCUGGUGGCAGCAGCUUCAGCAGCAGAAGCAGAUGCAGUCUGGGGGGAGGCUCUGCCCGGGGAUUCCGAGGAGGGGCCGGCAGCUGUGGCCUGAGUGGGGGCUGCAGCAGGGGCUUUGGAGGCAGCUUUGGAGGGGGUUUUGGUAGCUGCUCAAUAGGGGGCGGUUUGGGAGGAGCUUCAGGCUCUGGGAUUGGCUUUGGUGGAGGGGCUGGAUUCGGCGGGGGCGGUGCUAGCGGAGGCUUCUAUAGCUAUGGUGGUGGUAUGGGUGGUGGUGUUGGCCAUGGGGGGCUUUUCUCUGGAGGUGAAAAGCAAACCAUGCAGAACCUCAGUGACUGGCUGGCCAAUUACCUAGGCAAAGUCAGAGCCCUGGAGGAGGCUGAUCUGGAGAACAAAAUCAAGGAGUGGUAUGACAAAUUUGGGCCUGGGUCUGGAGACGGUGGAGCUGGAAGAGAUUACAGCAAAUACUAUCCAAUCAUUGAAGAUCUUAGGAAUCAGAUCCUUACUGCCACUAUUGAAAAUGCUGGGAUUGUUCUGCAAAUUGACAAUGCCAGACUGACUGCUGAUGACUUCAGAUUGAAAUACAAGAACGAGCUGCAUCUCCGGCAGACCGUGGAGGCUGACAUCAAUGGCCUGCAGAAAGUCCUGGAUGACCUGACCAUGACUCGCUCUGACUUGGAGAUGCAGAUUGAGAGCCUCACAGAGGAGCUGGCCUACCUGAUAGGAACACGGUCCACGAUUAAAUGACUCUUGUCUACAGAAAUGAAGGGUAGGCAACGAAGCUCCGGAGGGGAUGUGACCGUAGAACUGAACCCAGGGACGGCUAAGUUACAGAAUGACAUGAGGGCACAGUAUGAGGAGCUGGCUGAGCAGAACCGCCGUGAGGCUGAAGAGCAGUUCAACGAGAAGAGCGCAUCUCCGCAAGCACAGAUCUCUACCGAUGCUGAUGCCAGGCCAGCCAGUUCCACCGAGAAUGAGAUCACAGAACUGAAAUGCACUCUGCAAGCCCUGAAAACUGAGCUGCAGUCCCAACUGGCUAUGAAAAGCUCCCUGGAAGGAACCUUGGCUGACACGGAGGCUGGCUACACGGCACAGCUGUCACAAAUUCAGAUGCAGAUCAGCGGCCUGGAGGAGCAGAUCUGCCAGAUCCGGGGUGAGAGCGAAUGCCAGAACACAGAGUAUGAGCAGCUGCUGGACAUCAAGACCCGCCUGGAGAUGGAGAUUGAUCCCUACCACUGCCUGCUUGAAUGGAGAAGGAGGUGGUUCUGUUUUGGAGGAUCUGAUUUGAGAAACUCGGAUCAGAAACACGGGUCCAGAAACACCGGAUCCAGGGAUUCAUCCAUGUCUAGUGACUCAAGAUCUGGAAGCUGUUCUGUCCAAGGAAGAGAUCCAAGCUAGACUAGAGUGACUAAGACCAUUGUAGAGGUGGUGGUGGAUGGCAAAGCUGUCUCAUCUCAAGUCAGCAAUGUCUCUGAGGUGAAACUUAAAUAG